CGAUUCUGAUGGGAUCUCCGAUUCUCAAAAUCUCCCCAUUUUCUUCCUCCAGAACCCCAAUUUUCAAUCUCAUCCCUCUCUCUACAUUACAAACGAAAUCAUUGUCCAAGAGGACGCAACUCGGGCUUUCUUCGUCUAGGUUCGUCUCGGUGUGUUACCAGAGCAAGAGAGGCUUCCGACGCAGUCUUGUAGCCAUGGCGGCUGCACCUGGUUCCCUUCGGAGAUCAGAGGAGGAGUGGCGGGCCAUUCUGUCGCCCCAGCAGUUUCGGAUUCUCAGGCAGAAAGGAACAGAGUAUCCGGGCACUGGGAAGUAUGACAAGUUCUUCGAAGGGGGAAUAUAUAGCUGCGCUGGAUGUGGAACUCCUCUGUAUAGGUCCACAACUAAAUUUAACUCCGGGUGUGGCUGGCCAGCUUUCUACGAGGGUCUUCCAGGAGCCAUAAAUCGCAAUCCGGACCCUGAUGGGAUGCGGACUGAAAUCACAUGCGCCGCUUGCGGGGGACAUCUUGGCCAUGUAUUUAAGGGCGAAGGCUUUCGUACACCCACAGAUGAACGCCACUGUGUGAAUAGCAUCUCGCUCAAGUUUAUUCCUGCUACUGCGGAAGCUGAAGUUGAUUCUCCGCCCUCUGUUUCUUCUAAUUAACUAAACUAGCUGAACUAUCCAUCUGUAACAUAUAUACAUAGCUCCUCUCUCCUAGUUGUAAUGGUUGCCUUUCUUGUAUUAUUACCAUUUUUGCUGACAACAGGCAAGACCCAUAAUACUUCUUCCUACUUCUGUUCUGCGAAUGGUUCUUUACUUGUGUCGUCUCGUGGGUGAUGCUUGAUUAUUCAAGCUUGGUUCUAUUUUA